AUGUCAAGAGAGACGACUUCUGAGGCUAUUCGCCUACCAACUGUCGCUGAGAUCGAGGCCGCGACGGAACUCAUAAGCACGCCUGACACAUCCGCCAAAGUUGUCCGGGUGAACGAGCAUUUCGCAGUGAAAAUGGGCCACGGUGUACCCCUCAUCGAGGCUGAAAACAUGAAGUUUCUCGCAGCAAACAGCAAAGUUCCAGUCCCAAAAGUCCACGCAGCCUUCAGGGACCCCGACACCAACAAGACUUAUAUUAUCAUGGAAUAUCUCCCUGGUGAUACCCUUCAAAAAUUAUUGCCAUCCCUUAACCCGGUUGAAAAAGCUACGAUAAGCAACUUGAUUAAAGACGCAAUUACGGAGCUACGAAGUAUACCACCACCAGAUUACUUCGGGAUGUUGAAUCGCCAGCCUUAUCUUGAUGGGGUAUUUUGGACUGAAGGUCUAAAUCCUAAAAUUUCUGGUCCUUUCGCAAAUCAGGGAGACAUGAAUCUUGCCAUCCUCGAGAAACUUCGCCAGACAGAAUCAGACCAGUACAUUCAACUGUUGCGGAAUAUGGUUAAUCGGACUCUGAACAGCCACCGCAAUGUUUUCACCCACGGUGACCUUCAGCCGAAGAAUAUUAUGGUUGAAAGGCUCGGAUAUCGCGACGGAAGCCCAGAAUAUAGGAUCACUCUACUGGACUGGGAAAGUGCUGGAUGGUAUCCGGAGUUCUGGGAUUUCUGCAAUGCUACAAUCGCCUGUAGAUUCAAACCCGACUGGCUUGAAUUUGUGCCUGAUAUACUGGACCAAUACCCAGUGGAAUUUCUCAUGAUGCAGGUGGUGUAUUCUUCUGUGUUCUACUAG